GCCUGGCCUGGAGGGGUUGGACAACAGGACCAAGGAGGUUGGUGGCGGUUCCUGGAAGUCCCUGUCGCCAGCACGUGAGUCAUCAGGGGCACUGCAGGUGGGCGCAAGUGGCAUCCGGGACCAGGGUUCCUGCUCUGUUUUGAAGCAGAUUUAUAUUUCCUUCCACCCUUCUCCCUCUGCAAGAUUCCCAGCCAAAGGGAAUUUUCCUCCAGCUCUGUUUUUGUGUGUGUGAUUGCAGUAGAACACCAUGACACCUGUGGGGUCAAACUGCACAGUUUCAAAUGCCAGCUCCACCACGUAGUAGCUGUGUGAUCUUGAACAAGUCACCUAACCUCUCUGGUCCUCGGUUUCCUCAUUUACAAAAGGGCACUGAUAUACCUACCUCAUAGUGUCAUAUAAGUAUGUGGUGAGUUCAUGUGUGUAAUGCGCUUUAGCACAGUAUCUGGCACCUGAUAAACCCUAAAUGCUAGUGGUUAUUUUUUAAAUUGUUGCUCUAAUUCAACACUCUCCAACAGAAAUAUAAGUCAUGUAAGUAAUUUUUGGUAACAGCUUUAUUGAGAUGUAAUUCACAAACCAAAAAAUUCGCCAACUUAAAGUAUGUAGUUCAGUGUAAUACUGUGUAUCAAGUGUCAAACAAACAUUACCUCCAUCUGAUUUUAGCAGAUUUUCACUGCCUCAAGAAGAAACCCAUUAGCAGUCACUCUCCAUCCACCUACUCUCCCAGCUACUGGCAACCACUUGUCUUUCUGUCUUUAUGAAUUUGCCUCUUUUGGACUUUUCACAGAAAUGGAAUCACACAAUAUGUGGCCUUUUGCAUCUGGCUUCUUUUACUUACGCAAAAUGUUCUGGGUUCAUCUGUGUUGUAGCAUGUAUUGGUACUUUGUUCCUUUUUAUGGCCAGAUAACAUUCCACUGCCUGGUAUAAAAUGCUAUGCCACAUUUUGUUUUAUUCCUUCAUCAACUGAUGGACACUUGGGUUGUUUUUGCUUUUUGGCUAUUAUGAAUCACGUUGCUAUGAGCAUUUAUGUACAUGUUCUUGUGUAGAUUUGUAUUUUCAUUUAUACCUCGGGGUGGAAUUGCUGGAUUAUAUGGCAACCCAAUAUAUACAAAUUUUACAUCUGACAUUAUCAAUAUUUUUAGCAUGCAAUCAAUAUAAAAAGUUAUUAGUUAAAUAUGAAAUUAGUGAAGUCUGUUUUGGUACUAAGCUUCAAAACCUCAUGCAUUUGACACUUACAGCACACCUCAGUUUGGGCUAGCUCCCUUUCACAUGCUUAAAAGCCUCACGUGGUGAGUGGCUGCUGUACUGGACAGCACAGUUCUAAGUAGUUGUAUUAGAGAUUUAUAGUUCUGAUGGGACUCUGAGUACCUGGGGGCAAGACUUCGUGUGCCCACAGAGCCUUGUAUGCAGCAAACACUCACUGGAUGCCCCAUGAAUGAGUAGAUGAGUGAAUGGAUCCAUUUUUCCCCGACAGCUGCUAACCGCAAUCACAGCUACUCCCAGAAGUCUACUCCUCAGUCAAAUACUGUCCAGGAACUUGUGGCUCCACUUCACAGCUUGGGCCUUGAGAUGCAACAGAGGGAGCAGGACAGUCGGGACGUGGUGUGUGGCAUUUGCAUGGACAAGGUGUGGGACAAGCCAGAGGCUGAGCGGAUCUUCGGCAUCCUGCCCAACUGCACCCAUGCACACUGCCUGGGCUGCCUGCGCACCUGGAGGAAGAGCCAACAGGACUUCCCGCUGGAUGUCAUCAAGGCCUGUCCCCAGUGCCGAGUGCACUCCAGCUACAUCAUCCCGCACAAAUUCUGGGUGAGCAGGGAGGCUGAAAAGGAGCAACUCAUCAAGAAUUUCAAGGCUCGGACCAGCCAAAUCCGAUGCCGGUUCUUCACACGCGGGCAUGGCCGCUGCCCCUUCAAGUCUGACUGUAUUUACCUACACCAGCUCCCGGAUAAGGCUCUGACUUCUGACCCUCCCCGGACUGCGAGUAUGCAGUUGGCCUCUGGCAGUGAGGUGGUGCUGGGCUUGACAACCUUCCUAGGGGGCACUGAGCCAGAGGAUGAAGUGUUCUUCAUGGACUGUGCCCUGGCCAUGGCCUGCUUGGGUUCAGAACUCCUACUGGAUCCCAACAGUUCUUACCACAGCCUCCUGUAACCAGCAUCAACAUGUGGGGCAGGGGUAGAAGGGGCUGAGGGGUAGGGGUUGCUUGGUGGUAUGUCUCUUCCCUUCUGGGGCUUGGUGGGGAUGAAAGUAGCAAGCCCUCCACCUCCAUGAACUGCAGCAGUGGCACAGCUGGGGAACAUGGGGAGGAGUGGAGGGCUCUUGGGAAAGAGGAAGGUUCUCACCUUCUUGCCAGGGACUUGGUUUUUAACUUUGCUCUUUUGUAGAAUUCUGAAAGAAAAAACCAAUAAAAUGCACCUAAGCUAUCAUCCUUGGUGUCUGAAGAGUGUCUGCUUAUAGCCCAGACACCCCAUGCCACCCUCUCCAACCAAGGAUUGCUUCUGCAUUCAGUCUGAAAACUUCACUGUACAUGUAUACAAGAAUGAGAGAGGAAAGGGCAAAUAACAUCUUAGUAUUAUGAAAAAAGUGAUGUCAUCACAGAUCUCAUGAAAGGAUCUUGAGGAUCCCUCGGGUUUCUUGAACCACAUUUAGAACUUUUCUCCCUGCUCUCCUUCCCAAUGGCUAGAAUGCAGAGCUUGGUGGACAGGAGCUGGAGCCACCACAGAGUAAAGUAGUUGGUUGAGGAUGGGCAGGGCAUUGAAGGCUGUUUGGCAUUCUUGGGCCUGUCCACUACUUGUCAGGGCCUGCCUCCCUCCCAACAGCUGGUCAUCUGAAGACAAAAAUAUCUAUGAAGUUAGAGCUGCUAACCUGAGAUAGAGGUGCCUGGAAGAAACUUCUUUUCUACUACUUUGGCCUUUGCAAAGCAGGCACUAUCUAAGAAAUACUCCUUAGUCUUUUCCAACAGCUCCUUUGAAAUCAUUUUGGAAAAAUAAAAAUUUUGGCUCCAAAAUUUGGCUCAAAAUAUUCCUCUGGCUUCUCAUACUAGUGAGUGAAAGCCGAAGUCUUCUCAAUGGCCUCAAGGCCUCACAAGAUCUGGCCUGGUUACCUCUUCGAUCUCAUCUAUUCCCAGGAACUGCACUCUGCUCCAGUCACACUUCUGUCCCAGGGCCUUUGCAUUUGCUUUUUUUCUCCUCCUGAAAUGGUCUCCACACAGACCCUCACCUGGCUUGAUCCCUUAACUGCUUCAGGUUCAUCUUGCCUGACUAGCUAUUUAAAACUACCUCACUCUGUCUCCCUUCCCUGUCAUAUUAUUCUUGAAAGCACUUAACACAAUCAUACAUUCUAUUGUUAUUUAGAUGUCUGUCUUUCCUCACUUGAGUGUCAGCAACAAUGAGGGCAAGGGAUUUUACCUUAUUCCCUUUAUCCCCAGCCCUAUGUGCUCUGUAAAGAUUUACUGAAUGAGUGGGUAUGCAUGUG